CAUCAUCACAGGUCCUACACCUCCAGCAUGUAGCAGAUACAGAGCAGGUCCUGGUGGGGCAGUCACUGCUGUUGUGUUGUGUGUGGAGAUCUCUCAGAGCAGCAGCCCCUGAUCAUGUGACUCCUCCUCCUCCAUGUGACUGAUCACAUGAAGGUGACAUCAUCGCAGGUCCUGUAAGCACACGGCUCCUCUAUAGAUACAGGUUUCUCCAAUCCAGGAUCCUCUGCUGAUAUCUUCUAUAUAAGAGAAUUCUCCUGGAUGACCCAUCAACCAUGGAGAGAGACAGGAACAAGAUGGCCGACAGGAUCAUAAACCUCACCCUACAGAUACUCUUCCGGCUUACUGGAGAGGAUUACACAGUAGUGAAGAAGUCCUCUAGUGGGCGCUGUCGGGCCCCUGUGUGUGAAGGAUGGGGAAGAACCCUGAGCCCAAUCCCGGGGCCCCCACCUCACUCCCUGAUACAUGAGGAAAUGGAUGAACAGAAGAUCCUAGAACUCAUCAACAAGAUGAUGGAGCUGCUGACUGGAGAGGUUCCUAUAAGGUGUCAGGACGUGGCGGUCUAUUUCUCCAUGGAGGAGUGGGAGUAUGUAGAAGGACACAAGGAUCAGUACAAGGAUCAGGUCAUGAUGGAGGAUCAGCAGCCCCUCACAUCACCAGUCAGAUCCAGUAAGAGAACAGCAUCAGAGAGGUGUCCCCGUCCUCUUGAUGAGCAGAAUAUGGAGGAUAUUACUACAGGGAAAAAUCUGAUUUAUAUUAAUGCUACAGACAUAAAGGAAGAAGAGACUGAUGUGAGCGGUGAUGAGCAGUAUAAGGAGGACAAGGACAUUCCUUCAGGGAAAGAUCUGACCUAUAUAAAUCUUUGUUCAAGGCCAUAUCCAGAAUAUUUUUAG